CUAAUGAAAACUGUCAGCUGUCAAAUUUUACCACGAUAAAUUUCGUUCGUGGCUGGAUCACUCUACAUAAAAAUAGUUUUUUCCAACUAACACUGUUCUUUUCCUACUUAUUAAGGUUGUGGAUGCGGCUUACGCCGCAUUUAUAACACUUAGCCCGUAUCUGGUACUUGUGACUUAUUAAUAAGGUAGUGGACGUAAAAUAACCUAACCAUGCCUCCGAAGAAAGCGCCCGCUGCUGCGAGCAAGAAGACGGAGCAGAAGAAGAAGGAGAAAGUGAUUGAGGACAAAACAUUUGGUAUCAAGAACAAGAAAGGAGCAAAACAGCAAAAGUUCAUCCAACAGGUAGAGAAACAAGUGAAGAGUGGCGGUAUCCACCCGGCGGGGCCCAUGCAAGACAAGAAGAAGGACAAGGAACAGAAACUGAAGGAAGCGAAGGAGCUGGCUGCGCUCUUCAAACCCGUGCAGACACAGAAGGUGGAGAAAGGUACGGACCCCAAGUCCGUGGUGUGUGCAUUCUUCAAGCAGGGCCAGUGCACCAAGGGCGACCGCUGCAAGUUCUCUCAUGACCUUACCAUUGAGAGGAAGGCUGAGAAACGGUCCCUGUACGUGGACAUGAGGGACGACGACACCAUGGACAACUGGGAUGAAGAGAAGCUUAAAGAAGUUGUUGAGAAGAAACACGCAGACGACAAGCAGCGACCCACUACUGAUAUUAUCUGCAAGCACUUCCUGGAGGCGGUGGAGAAGUCCAAGUACGGGUGGUUCUGGGAGUGUCCGUCCGGCGGGCGCUGCAUCUACCGGCACGCGCUGCCGCCCGGCUUCGUGCUCAAGCGGGACAAGAAGAAGAUGGAGGAGAAGAAGAACGAGAUAUCACUAGUGGACCUCAUCGAGAGGGAGAGGGCCGCGCUGGGGCCCAACCAGACCAAGAUCACCCUAGAAACCUUCCUCGCUUGGAAGAAGAAGAAGAUUAAGGAGAAACAGGACAACAUAGCGGCCGCGGAGGAGCAGAAGCGCUCCGACUUCAAGGCGGGUCGCGCGUGCGGCCUCUCCGGCCGCGAGAUGUUCUCCUUCGACCCCGCGCUGGCCGCCGACGACGACGACGCCGACGACGGCGACGCCGUGCUCGCCGCGUACGGCGACGACGGCGACGACGACGCCAACGAGUACAGGGAGAUCACCUUCGACGGGAUCGGCAUGGAGGCUUCAGAGGUGGACGACACAGGCACCAAAGCUACCUCCGACCGCCUCCAACAACUAUCCGCGGGGCUCAGCAACGGCGACGCGGCGGCGGCGGCGGAGGCGGAGGAGGCGGAGGAGGAGGCGGAGGAGGCGGAGGCGGCCGCGGUGCCCAUCAACGAGAACCUGUUCCUCGACGACGAGCUGGACGAGGAGCUGCAGGGGCUGGACCUGGAUGAUUGAGGACCGAGGGUUGUCUCAUUUGUUUCGACCAAGAUACGUAGAAAAAUAUUGGAGGUUACAUGUAGUUGUCGAAUAAAAGUUGAAGCGAGACAAUAUGGCGGUCUUCGCAUUGGAUGCGGACUCGCACGCCGCGCCGCUCCGGUGUGCGAGCGGACAUCUAUAUACACGCAUAGCGCUAUCACGCUCAUACGCCAGGGCGACGUGCGAAUUCGCAUCAGUGUGGUACCCGCGCAUGGCCUCGUGCUAUUAUGACACUUACAUUCGAAAGGGAUUCUUAAACCAGGCCGCAUAUCUCAACCUGUUCUCAUGACAUUUUGUGAGCAUAUUCAAUAAUCAUAAUAUUUUUUACCAUCAAUUUUAGGAUGUUUUUAUUAAAAAGCGGAGCCUGUUCGUUCGCCAAGUCUACAGCUCACAGAGCCACCUAUAGCUUAAGCUUAAUGGCUACCUACUGUAAAGGAAGUAAAAAUAUCCCUGCAGAAAAAGACGGAAAAGUGUGAGUGACGUAAAUUCAUUGUUUUAUUCUACAUGCAACCUCCAACAUUCUUAUAAGCUUCUUGAUUCCUAAAACUACACCAUUUAAUAGACGGCAACCUGACUGUGAGACGACAUAGGUCUAGAAAAAACCGUGCUUUGCCAGGUGAAACUAAACUUUAUGACUAUUAUAAUAAAGUUUGAAAUGAUGACCUGCUAUACGUAUUCCUCCAAGUAAAUGUUUUUUUUUAACUUAACACGUCUCUUAGAAUUGUCAUGUCUUAAUAUUAGGCCAUUAGGUUGCAGUUCCUAAGCAUCUAUACUAAAUAAAUCAAAUUUGAUAAUUUUGAAUUAUCUUGCAAAUUCUUUUAUACUUACAUAAUUCCACAAUAGAAAUCCAUUGUUGAGUCAACUUAUUUAGUUGAACUCUACAUAAGGUCAUUUCCAGUCCUUCGGUGUGUAGAACAGACAGACAAACAUUGCAAUUUCUCUCAUUAUACUUAUAACUCGAGAUUUUUCUUAAUUUGUCAAGAAUUCGCGAGUUUUCAGUGACUGUACAUA